AUGGGUUUAGUAGAGUAUUACAACAAGGGUCUUGAAAAAGGUUUUGAGACGCCCCUGAUAAAGAGGGUCAUAUCGGUGUUUCCUCAGCUCUCUCCAUCUCCGGUGAGAGAUAUUUCCACCACAUCUCCAUCCAGAAAGGGAAUAAUAUUCCCUUCUCCAAGUCACAGGAAGAUAUCACCGGCAAGAACGCCGAGAGGGAGGGCAGGGCUACCGUCGCCUACUAAACGAAGUUUUGAAGACGUGAAUAAUUCUGCUGUUAAGCGAGCGCACAGAGUGAAGAUAAGUUCGAUUUUGAACGACGAGGACUCAUUCUAUGACGAUGGCCAAGAAGAGUUGAACGAACAGGAUUUAAGGAUUGCUGAGUCUAUCAUCCAGCUGUCUCAUGAGGAAAAUGGAGGUAUUCGUCUUUUGUUUGGCCAGGAUAUUCCAUUUGAGAUUGAUCCCAGUGACGAAGAACUACGCAGAGUACGAAGAAAACCCAUCAUCCUAGAUGUUGACAGUGGAGACGAAGACGAUGCCAAUGACAGUGAGAUCGAUAAAGAUGUCUCUGAAAUUGACAGUGAAAUCGACGGAGAGGAAGACAGUGACGAGAUGCUUUCAGAUGAAGCUGUUUCGAAAUACGAGGUACAAACUACUCCAUCUAAAAGGGGACGUGGUCGUCCACGUAAACUUCGACCAGUUCCGCCGUCAGAGGAUGAAUCGCCCAGAAAGAAGCGGGCAAAAUAUGAGAUUCUUUCUAUUUUCAGGCAAGAUGAUGCUGAUCUCCUAGCGAACAAUCCGGUGAAAAGCGAAACCACUACAAUCAAAAAGCUAGAGAAAACCAACGCAUCUGAUACUUUUUGGGAUGACUUGGAACCCAUGGAUAUUCCUUAUAUCAGUGGGAUUCCUGAAGACGAACUUGUCACACUUGACAGAAGCAAGAGGCAAAAGUUCGACCCUUUACCUAUUCCUCCGGUAGGUGCUGAUGGUGAGCUACCAGCUUCGUAUGUGAAAAAAUACUUACCCAAUAUUAAAUGGGAAAACUCGAAGGAAGGAGAGGCAUUGGACGACCGGUCGUACUUCUCCGAAGGAACAGAAGGAUACUUUGACCAAAUGAGCCACAGAGAACGACAUGCAGUGUAUCUGUUGUCAAGUUUGGGAAUCGAUCUCAGUAACCUGGAGUUUUUGGAUCGGGUGGAGUUAUUGAAAUACUUCAAGCCUAAACAAAAGUUGGCACUACUGAACCUUCUCAAGAAGUCAUAUCAUCAAUGGUGCUUUGAACUCUCUCAAGAUUUCAAUAUUUGUUUCUAUGGAACCGGGUCUAAAAUUGAAUUGAUUACCGAUUUCGCAACCAACUAUCUCACUUCUUGGUUAGCCAAGUACCACCAGUUGAAGAAUGAAGAAAUACCAAAUGUAUUGGUGAUGAACGGAUAUAAUCCAUCUUGCAAGGUAAAAGACAUCAUGGAGAGCUUGGUGCUGGUACUUGUGCCUGAAGAAUACCGAGUUAGAAGACAUUAUUCCAAGAUUUUAUCGGAUUCGUUUCCUCUCUUGCUUAAGCAGUUAGAGCGGCAGAGGAAAAAUACCAAAAGCCCGAAACCAAGACUCAUUUUGGUGAUUCAUUGCAUUGACUCAGAGUCUUUAAGGGAUGAUAAAACCCAAGUGCAACUUUGUCAGUUGGCAAAUCUACCUGAAGUAAAGCUUAUAUGUUCUGCCGAAAACAUCGCUGCACCAUUAUUAUGGGACCUGUUCAAGGCUGAGAACUACAACUUUGUAUACCAUGAUAUCACCACAUACCAGCCUUAUAUUGUGGAAACAUCCUUCAAAGAUGCCAUUGACAUUGGCAAAACAAAAAGAACUUCCAGCAGUAGAGGUGCCAUGUUUGUAUUGAGGGCAUUGAAUGAGAAUUCCAAGACGAUUUACAAGAUUCUUCUUGAACUGCAAAUCGAGAGAAUUAAACAAUUGAAUCCCAAAAGUGGUGUACGUUCUACCAGAGGGACUCUUCGAACCGCCAUCGACUUCAAAGCUCUCCACAAAAAUUGUAUGGAGCAUUUCGUCACCUCUAAUGAGAUCAGUUUUCGAGCCAUGCUAACCGAAUUUUUGGAACACAAUAUGUGCAAAUUGACGAAGGAUGACGCAGGUACAGAGAAGGUAUUCAUUGCCUACACAUUCGAGGAGAUGAACAAGCUUUUGAAAGAAUCGUUGAAAUAGAUUAUUUACGCUACUAAAUGCAGCAAAAUAAGGUUUGUAGUUUUAUAUUAGUAUUAAAUGGCCAUUGAGAUCAGA